AUGAAGAGCGCUCUCUCUUCUUCUUCUUCAUCUUCAAGAAAGCUUCUAAUGGCGUUGGCGUUGGCGACGGUUGUUCUCCUACAGCUCUUUCUGCCUGUAUCUGCUACCGUGGAACCAAGAAACACGGCCGCGAAAGAAACACACCGCCGGCACAGUUGCGACGCGAUUUCAAGGUCGAGCCAGAAGCUACGUUCUUUGUGCAUUCAGCUCCAGAGAGCACCGCACGUUCCGUCGCCGCCGCCGUCGCCGGAGGACUAUCAGAUUGAUCCGAGAUUCGGUGUCGAGAAGAGAAGGGUUCCUUCCGGGCCAAACCCUCUUCACAACUGA